UCAAAGAGAGACGUGUCCGUCACCUCAGAGACGUAAAGUCAAUUUUCAUAAAAUCGAAUUGCUGGAACUGAUGUAUGAAAAUACAAUUGUUGUGAUUAUUUAGGAUAGUUCUUAGUGAUAACGAAUACGAAGAUGCCAGCCACCGCCGUUGCUAAACCGGGUAACGGCCGUAGUAAGGGAAUUUUUAAUAAUACUGCCGGCUUCAGCACCCUCAUCACAGUCACAGUGCUAUCGUUAGCUUGGUUGGCCGGCUUUGCGUCUCGGCUAUUUGCUGUUAUACGCUUCGAGAGUAUAAUUCAUGAGUUUGACCCAUGGUUCAACUAUCGCUCCACUGCGUACAUGGUGCAGCAUGGAUUUUAUAAUUUCCUCAAUUGGUUUGACGAGAGAGCAUGGUACCCUUUGGGACGUAUUGUCGGCGGGACUGUGUAUCCUGGACUGAUGAUCACUUCAGGCACAAUACAUUGGAUAUUACACACAUUGAAUAUUCCUAUCCAUAUACGAGAUAUUUGUGUAUUCCUGGCGCCUGUAUUCAGUGGACUAACAGCAAUAGCUACAUACCUUUUGACAUCGGAACUGUGGUCCAGGGGUGCCGGUCUGUUUGCAGCAUGUUUUAUAGCUAUAAUACCUGGAUACAGUAGUAGAUCUGUAGCAGGAAGUUAUGAUAAUGAGGGUAUUGCCAUAUUUGCUCUACAGUUCACAUAUUAUUUAUGGCUGAAGAGUGUCAAAAGUGGAUCUAUUUUCUGGUCUAUCUGUACUGCACUAUCAUAUUUUUAUAUGGUAUCAGCAUGGGGUGGCUAUGUGUUUAUAAUCAACUUGAUACCACUUCAUGUGUUUGUGCUACUGAUCAUGGGACGUUUCUCACAGAGGUUGUUUGUCAGCUACAGUGUCUUCUAUAUUGUUGGUUUAUUGCUAUCUAUGCAGAUACCGUUUGUUGGCUUUCAACCAAUUCGUACCAGUGAACACAUGGCUGCAUCGGGUGUGUUUGCGUUGUUGAUGGCUAUUGGUGCUCUCAAGUACCUACACAGUUUGAAUCCUAAGGGCCAAUGGAAGCAAUUGCUCAUAGUUGGUGGAUUGAUUGCCGCUGCCGUGGUCUUCAUUGUGGUUGUGCUACUAACAUAUAUGGGGGUCAUUGCACCCUGGAGUGGACGUUUCUAUUCACUUUGGGAUACGGCAUACGCAAAGAUCCACAUUCCAAUUAUCGCGUCCGUGUCGGAACACCAGCCGACUACCUGGUCUUCAUUCUUCUUUGAUCUCCACGUCCUCGUAUGCACGUUCCCUGUCGGUUUGUGGUAUUGCAUCAAAAAUGUCAACGAUGAAAGGGUUUUUGUCGCUCUCUACGCACUAAGCGCUGUGUACUUUGCCGGCGUGAUGGUCCGUUUGAUGCUCACACUGACGCCCGUUGUGUGCGUCCUCUCCGGCAUCGCGUUCUCAAUCUUACUCGAUUUGGUGCUCCGAGAGGAUGAAUUACCCGCUCCGCCUAUAGAAGUUGAUGAAUCAAAAAAUUUGUAUGAUAAGGCGGGUAAAUUAAGGAAGCGGACACACGAGCCGACGCCUCCAGCUGAUACUGGUCUUGGUAUGAACGUGCGUUCAGGAACGUUGAUAGCCUUCAUGAUCCUGCUGAUGCUGUUUUCCGUCCAUUGUACUUGGGCCACUUCGAAUGCUUAUUCAAGUCCUAGCAUCGUACUUGCAAGUUAUGGUAACGACGGAUCCCGUAGAAUUUUGGACGAUUUUAGAGAAGCAUAUGGUUGGUUAUCACAAAACACUGCGGAGGAUGCCAGAGUAAUGUCCUGGUGGGACUAUGGAUAUCAGAUCGCUGGUAUGGGAAACAGGACAACGCUAGUCGACAACAACACGUGGAACAACUCUCACAUAGCGCUCGUGGGCAAAGCGAUGGCGAGCAACGAGAGCGCUGCGUACGAGAUCAUGACUGCACUGGAUGUUGACUACGUGCUGGUCAUAUUCGGAGGCGCUAUAGGCUACUCGGGAGACGAUAUAAAUAAGUUUAUAUGGAUGGUCAGGAUCGCUGAGGGAGAACAUCCCAAGGAUAUACAUGAAGCUGAUUAUUUCACAGAAAGGGGUGAAUAUAGAGUAGACUCGGAAGCGUCAAAAACAAUGUUAAAUUGUCUAAUGUAUAAAUUAUCGUAUUAUAGGUAUGACAGUGGCGGCAGCCCGCCCGGGUACGAUCGUACCCGCGGCGCCCUGCCCGGUAACCGCGGUUUUAAACUCACCUACCUCGAGGAGGCCUAUACAACCGAGCACUGGCUCGUUAGGAUAUACAGGGUUAAAAAACCCGAUGAGUUCAAUCGUCCACGUUUGCCACUGUCAAAGAGAACAGUUUCCACGAAAAAUAUGAUCUCGAAAAAGCUGGCACUAGGAGCUGGAACAAUGGUAUAGUAACAUUGUGCUGUGGUUAGACACACGUCAAAGAGGAGAAAAGGCCUAUUAAAGAACAAGCCGAAUGUGGUGAAAGGAAAGAAGGUCGGACGGCUGGAGUGACCGGCCCGCCAAUACACCGACUAAUGUUUAUAUGAGUGGUAAUAUUGCAUUGGCCCCUCGAACCUUCCAGAGUACUGAAUUGUGAGUAAUAAUAAUGGUUUGAAUAAAUUCUAAAGUGUAUAUAUAUGUAUGUGAACAUUAUCUGUUCGUCCACUUUGAAAUGUAAAGUUUUGUUUAAAAGUGGAACGAUUUUCAAAUAAAGAAAUCAAAGCCGGAAAUAUGUUAUUUUUAUUAACAAUUUUCAUUGUAAUUUAAUGAAUAUUUUAAACAAGUUCCAAUUUUUGUGCGUUUUGCAGAAUUAUUCAGUUAGAAUGAAUAGUAUAAUGGAUUAUAUAUCAUAAUUAAGAAUAGUAUUAUUUAAUAGGAUUCCUGAUUAUGAUAUAUCAAAUUAUUUUUAACUAAACUUUACUUACCUGCAUUGCAGUGAAGUAUUUGUAAAUAGUUAGAUGUCAGGCCCAAUUUAUGAUUCUCAUAUCACGUUCUUAUUUCAACUUGAUCACUAUCAACUGUAAUGGAAACUGUAUAUUAUUUGUUAGUAUGAUUAACGUGUUUUUAGUUUUAGUUUUUAGUAACACAAUAGUUACAGUCCUCUCAUUGUUUAUACGCGCUGAACAACCUAUAGUUUUUAUUACAACUUCAAUAACUGAAUGUAUGAGAGAAUGUAUAGAGUUGAUAAUACUAAAACUUUACCAUGUUUGCAAGUCAGUACUUGUAAGGUUUAUAUUAUAGUCUAAUCUCAUUGUGUCUUCAAAAUCUGAAGAGGAUUCACUGCAUUUCUACCACUUAUAGGAAAUAAUGAACGACUGACACCAAUUCUGUAUUUAGUCCAUUAGAUAAAUGGUUUCUUAUUACGUAGGUGAUUUAGUUCAAAUUGGUUUGCACUGCGUGCAUGACAUGAGCAUCGAACAGCCGUGUGCUCCAGCAAUAAGGUUGCUACCAAUACUUUAACGGUAACGUAUCGAGGCAACAGGGAAUUUAAUAAUCGAUUCAAAACUCAUAUUUAAUAAUUAAGAGUGUAUGUAAAGUAAAUUGUUACUUACUGAAAUGUUUUAUUAAAAAAUAUGUAAAUAAUUAAACGAGUGUAGGUGGCAACCUUAUAUAACACGUGAUACAAUAGUCAAAUUAUUCUCGCGCAAUAAAAUAAAUGGAAUAAGAAACUAUUUUGUAAAUUCUAAUAAAUUCUUUAUUUAAGAUGUAAUAAAUAUUCUCUUAUAAUUAUGAUAACAUUAUUAUAAAGAAUUGUUAAUUUAAUUAAUUUUACAGAUCUGUUUCUUAGUUGGACAAAUUCUCAUAUCUCAAAAAAGCUAAUUAAAUCACGUGGCACAUCUCAUGUUAUGGCAUUCUAAAACAGUGUUCGAUAAGUGUAAAUUUACAAUUGCUACGUCCAUUUUUGUAAUAAUUGAAUAUAUUUAACAUUGUUUGUUAUAUAAAACUUGGUUUGUUAUUUUCAAAUUACACAUUUUUUUUAUAAUCGUUUAGUUUGCAUUGCUCCAUUUUCGAUGAGCCAAAAGAAGCGAGCACAGAUAGGCUUCGUCUAUUGUGUAAAAUUAUAGAUUAUAAAUAAACAUGUGAUAAAUUGACAGUAAAUUGAGUUGGCAGUUCUUUAACAUUUAUCUACAAAAUUAGACUCAGGAUUUGUAUUGUGUUAUUAAUGAAAAUGUAAGUCCUCAAAUACAUUGUCAGGUAUACCAGAGUAACCUGUGAAAUUGCUCGAAUUAGUCGAAAAGUAAAUAAAUGUUACGAAACCCGACUAAAAUGAAAAUGGAGCAAUGUAAUUAACGAAAAGAAAGUAGUUAUAUUAAGUCCAGUAAUAAUUAUUUGGCAGUUUUGAGACUUAAGUCUUUUUAUCAAAAUAUCUUCGCAAUAAAUAGAAUAAAAAUGUUUGUUCCUAUUACUUUUUCUGUCUUAUUUUAUACGGCCAAUUAAAAAAAAAAGCACCAUUUUUUUAUUAAAUAUACCAAGUAUAAGCAAAGAGAUAAACCUUUCAGUACUUGUAUCUUAGUGUAUUUUGUGAUGCCUAUAGUGUUAUUCCUGUCUAUAGAGGCGGUUCCCACUUUCCAUCAGGUGGGGUGAUCAGCUUGUUUACUUCCAGUAAUAUUAAAAAGAUAUUGCUACAUAUACUCUAUUUCAAAUAUGAUGAUAAAUAUAACUGAAAACUUGUAAAAGACAAUUUUGAUACAUUAAUAGCCAUAUCCGCAGGUUUCCUGCGAAUUACGAUAAAAAGUACCAAUUACCAAAAGUACCAUUAACCAAAGAUAUGUGCGCCGAGGUCUGCUGUUAGGCUUGCGCUUACGUCACAGGCCGCUCAUGAUUAAGGAUUACGAAUUGAUCCUGAAACUAGGCGAGUUUUCUCGAUAUAAUUAAACCGGUAGUUAUUAUAUUAAAAUACCAAGGAUAUGGUUUGUUUUUUACUACGUACAAAUCUGUUCAACUAUUUCAGCGUGAUUAAGUAAGGAAACACCUAAAAUUUUUACAAAUAACAUUAGGAUGGUAAUUUCGACACUUUAAAUACAAAAUAUAAUUGACUAGAAACACUUUUAAAAUAAAUUGCUAGUUACUGUUUAACUCUGAAAGAUAAUUCGUCUAUAAGAAUGACGUUAAUUCGCAGUAUUAUAUUUGAAAUGGAAUACUAAAUGCCGAUGUUGAAUAUUAAAAACAAUAAGUCUUUCAACUGCUAAAUAAUUAUAUUAAUAAUCGCACCUCGCUACAUUUCAGUACUUAUCGCAUUUUAUUUCGGUACCACGAAUGUAAAGAUGUAUAAAGUAUUCGUCUGUGAAAUGCAAUAAUAUUUUUAUGACUAUAUUUGUUAUAGAAUGUAUGUAAUUGUAACUACCAAAGUUUUAAUACAUUUGAUAGAAUGUCUUCUAGUUUGUAUUCCGGUGUUGGGUGAGUCAGUAACCUGUUAUCUACAUGACGGACCGUUCUGUUCCUAUGUACGAGACGAACAAUGUAAUUCUUUUUUUCUUCAAUCAAUGUACAUUUAUUUUCAACCGACUUCAAAAAAAGGAGGUUCUCAAUUCGGUUGUAUUUUUUUUAUGUUUACCUCAUAACUUCGUCAGUUGGAAAUCGAUUUGCAAAAUUCUUAUAUUUUAUCUGAAAGGAUAUGCUUACAGAUUGGUAUCAUGGAAAUUUUAUCAAAAUCGGUUCGUAAGUAGUUUAGAUUUAAAAAAAAAACUGGUUUAGAUACAAUUGAAGUAGUUUUUUUUUUUUAUUGUGGAAAAAUAUGUAAACUAAAAGAUACAAGUGUAAAAAAUAAGAGAUGCAUAAAGCAUACAAGGGUGUAAACGAAAUUGUAUAAUAUUUUACCCAAGGAAUAUGGCAUCGAAAAAUGAUAGUAAUCUUCGAAUCCUUAUACUAUCGAUCAUGUGAUCGUGCGGUAUAUAUAUUUUAAGUUUUUUUUUUAAUGGAUGAUAAUGGAAUGGUAACGCCACCCGUGCUAUUGGUAUACACCGGCGGGGCACCAGUGAGGGAUGAUAGAUGAGGAUAAAGCAGGUCAGUUAGUCCAUCGUGACGAAUUCAACAAGAAUUGUUCACGAUGGUUUCCAGGGGGAACCACGUGGAGGUCGACCUAAUAAGGCAUAUUGCUAGCAAUGGGGCUGUCAAACCCCAUUGCUAACAAUCCCUGUCCCCCCUAUAUUUUGAUUAUAUUUUUGAAAUUGUACCACUGUCCCCCAGCAAUACAUAUGUGUGCGUGUAUAUAUAUAUACAUUAUUUCAAUAUCUAAUAAUUUAUCUUCGUGUCCUGCCUAGGAACAGUAUCUUAGUGUCACGAUCUGUGAGACGACGUGUUUCAUUCUAUCUCAGAUAUUUGAAUUAUAAAUUGUCCGACGGAUGUUUGUAAUAUUGCAUAUAUUAUGAUUUUAUUUUUAUUGUUGUUCAGCACUAUUUUGUUUUCGUGUUAGUAACAGAGUUUUAUCGAUCUGUAGAUAAGUAUUCAUUGUGGUCUACAAUGUUCUUAAUAAACGGAUGGAAAUUGA